AUGACCACCACGCCACCAAAAGAACAAUUAUCAGCAAGACAACCUUUUUUUCAGAUACACUAUUUCGCGUCCGCAGCGUCGUUUACACGCAAACAGAGCGAGUCGCUGCCGGCGCCGUUGCCGUUGGCGGAUUUGUUUCCGUUGCUUGAAGCGAAAUAUCCGGGAAUUACGCAGCGGGUGUUGAAGAGCUGCAGUGUGAGUGUCGGGUUGGAUUAUGUGGAUGUUCCUGAAGAAAAUGGGGAAAAUGGGGAAGAAUCUGGGGUGGUAGUGAUGAUUCAGGCUGGCGAUGAAGUGGGCAUUAUUCCGCCGGUGAGCUCUGGGUGA